GCCCCCCGACCCCCAGCGCCCGAGCUCGCAACAAUGUAGCAGGGGCAGCUGGGCUGCGCUGCGGACCCGGCGGGUCGUGCUGGGGCCGGGCGGACCCUGCGCUGCGGACCCGGCGGGCCAUGAGCAGGUUGGCCUGCUAUGGAAUGUGAUGAGAAGCUGGUCCGCUUCCGACAGGCCCACCUCAAUCCCUUCAACAAGCAGCCCCUGGGGCAAGGCCAGCAUGACCAGGAGGCUGGGGACGACCUUUCUUGUCGAGACUCGCUGCUGGGGCUGUCCCACGGGGACCCCGGGUUCCAGUGCUCGGAGCGCGUGAUGGACUUGGGGCUGGCGGAGGACCACUUCUCCCGUCCUGUGGGCUUGUUCCUGGCCUCAGACAUCCAGCAGCUGCGGCAGGCGAUCGAGGAGUGCAAGCAGGUGAUCCUGGAGCUCCCUGAGCACUCGGAGAGGCAGAAAGACGCUGUGGUGAGGCUCAUCCACCUGCGCCUGAAACUCCAGGAGCUGAAGGACCCCAGCGAAGACGAGCCGAACAUUCGGGUGCUCCUGGAACAUCGCUUCUACAAGGAGAAGAGUAAGAGCGUCAAGCAGACGUGUGACAAGUGCAACGCCAUCAUCUGGGGCCUGAUUCAGACCUGGUACACCUGCACAGGGUGUUACUAUCGCUGUCACAGCAAGUGCCUGAACCUCAUCUCCAAGCCCUGCGUGAGGUCCAAGGUCAGCCACCAGGCCGAGUACGAGCUGAGCAUCUGCCCCGAGACAGGCCUGGACAGCCAGGAUUACCGCUGUGCAGAGUGCCGGGCGCCCAUCUCCCUCCGGGGCGUGCCCAGCGAGGCCAGGCAGUGCGACUACACCGGCCUGUACUACUGCGGAAACUGCCACUGGAACGACCAGGCCAUCAUCCCGGCCCGCGCCAUCCACAACUGGGACUUUGAACCCCGCAAGGUCUCCCGCUGCAGCAUGCGUUACCUUGCCCUGAUGGUGUCGCGGCCAGUGCUCAAGCUGCGGGAAAUCAACCCCCUUCUCUUUAACUACGUGGAGGAGCUGGUGGAGAUCCGGAAGCUGCGCCACGAUAUCCUGCUCAUGAAGCCCUACUUCAUCACCUGCAAAGAGGCCAUGGAGGCUCGUCUGCUGCUUCAGCUGCAGGACCGGCAGCACUUUGUGGAGAACGACGAGAUGUACUCGCUGCAGGACCUGGUCGACAUCCAGGCUGGGCGCCUCAGCUGCUCCUUAACAGAGAUCCACACCCUCUUCGCCAAGCACAUCAAGCUGGACUGCGAGCGGUGCCAGGCGAAGGGCUUUGUGUGUGAGCUCUGCAAAGAAGGGGACGUGCUCUUCCCGUUCGACAGCCACACGUCGGUGUGCACGGACUGCUCUGCUGUCUUCCACAGGGACUGCUACUAUGACAACUCGACCACGUGCCCCAGGUGUGCCCGGCUCAGCCUGAGGAAGCAGUCGCUCUUCCAGGGCCCCAGUGCGGAGGAGCAGGCCUAGGGUCCCCCAGCGCCCCCCAGACCUGGGCACCAAAGAACAUUGGCGAGAACUGGGCGUUCCAGAGGGGGCGGCUGCAGCGUUGGGGCUGCAAGAUCUGAACUAGCUGCCACUGGGGGUGGACCCCGGGCCAGGGAGCCAGGUGUUGCACAGGCCCGAACGAGUGCUCUGCUCUGGGACUCGGACCAGCCCAGCACACUGCCUGGUGCUGGGAGCCAGCUCAGCAGAUUCUGAACCCAGCUCUGAGAACUCCCUGGGCUGGGGCUGAGCGUAAUGGAGUGGCAGGAGCUACUGGGGGGCUCUCACUGUCCCAGCCGGCCUCUGCCUCUAGCUGCUCUGCCUUGCAGCGGUGCAAUGAAGCAGAGCACAUGCCCCGUGCUGUGGCAGGUGUUACCAGGGGUGACGGUGCAGGAAUCCCUGGGGAAAGGAGGGGCCUGGUGUCCCCGACUCACUGACAAAGGGGGACUUGAGAUCAGCCUGGAGCAGGGGCGUUCCAGGGCUCUGCCACUUGCAGGUGAUUUGCCCCCGGCCUGUGCUGAGGGUUGAGUUCCCUGCUGCAGGCGCUUGCUGGCCCAGGCCGAGUGGGGAGAGGAGGGAGGUGGCUGUGGUAAGGAAAAGCUGCUGUGUUCUCUCCCACGCUGAUCACGGCUCUAACCCCUCCUUUGGAUAAGCCCUUUUCUAACGCCGCCUCUGCGCCCCAGCAAGCCUCCUGGCGUGGGCCGGCGUGCCAGCCUCCAUUGGCGUUACAGCGCUCCCUCUGCCAGCUGCUCGGUGCUCUCCGGUUGGUGCAUUCGCGUCUAAAGGGCCGUGUUGGUCUGGCCUCUGAAUGGCCGGGCUGGCUUCGGGGGUGGGCCCAGGGAGCCUCCUCUGGAGGUGUCUGGCCGUGGCCCAGCUGGCGAGGGGCCUGUGGAGUGUGAGACUCAGGCUGGUCCCUUGGGGACAAGUGUGCACAUCACGUCCCCGUCCUCUCCGGCAGCACUCAGCCCUGGCUGGGCCGGGCCGUCGAUCUGGCAUGUCCCUCUCCUGUCCACAAGCUCUGCAGGGCAGGAGUGAGGCUCAGAGGCUGGGGGGAACCGGUGUGGGCUGGUGGAAUGGUCCGCACUCGGUUCUCAGCCUCGCUAGGCUGAUCUCGCUGGCCUCCCCGAAGCCUGAGCCCUGGGGGCAUGCCCUCUGCUGAGGGAGGACGCGAAUGCCAUGGGCUGCAGGCUGGAGCUCGUUGCUGGUGCUGGCUCCCUCCAGCUCCCUAUGAAUGCGGCUGGCACCUCUUUGGCUGUUUAAAGAGAGAGACACUCGCAGAAAUGAGUUUGGGGCUGAGGUAGAGCUGCUCUUUACAUGGCCUGUCCCAGGACCCUCCUGUGCCGUUCAGAGGCCAGGGCCUCAGGUUGGAGUCU